AGAGCUGUUCUUUCCCUUUCAUUCAAGUUCAUUGUUCUCAUCGUUGAAGGCCUAACUCCCAAUUGUUAUCAUUUUCAGUUUUCGAACUGUAAAACGACAUGUUCUUGCCCUUUAUUAUAAAAACACACCUGCCGUUUCGGUAACCAUAACAAGGUGGGUGGGUCCUUACCAUCCUUAGCAAGAUCCCAGUACUCGCGACGCUCAGCAGCUUCUUCCUUUCUCCGACCAUCCGUUAUCCCAUUUCCAACCCUUCGAGUCGGCGACAUAUUUUCGACCAAACAAGCCCUCCAAGGUCCUUGUUCUCUUUAUCUGACAAAAAAACACUUAUUUCGGAGCAUAAUAUCCAGUCUUGUCCAGAAACUCGGGGACAAUGGCGGGCUACGACGACGACGACUCGUAUGAGCGACAGUCUCAAUCUUACGAUGCGAAGAAACGCAAGAGAUCCCAAUCGCCAUCCCAAAAUGGAAAGUCCUCCUCUCGCCGAGGUGAAAAGCGCGAAGACGGCGGCACCGAUGAACUCCCGCAGCCCUACAAUGCAAAGGAACUUCAGCCCGCCAAACGACGAGCCGUCUCUCCCUCAGAGCAACCUCGCAAGCUGAAGAGACCCGGCGCCCGAGCUCGCAUCUCCGAAGCCGAACGAGAAGCAAUACGUCAGCGAGCAUUGGAGCGAGAGAAGGAAAUGGAAGCUCAGGCUCAGGCUGCCGCGGAACGCCAACGUAGCACUGCCAGUAACAACGUCGUUACGCAGCAUUAUAACAGUGUGCCAGAACGAGGCAGGGACUGGAGACGAACAGACAGUAAGAUCAAGGGACUUCGCGCCUUCAAUAAUUGGGUCAAGAGCUGCAUCAUCCAAAAGUUUUCGCCGGAUGAGGACCACACCCCCGGCUCUCGAGAGCAGGGGCUUUCGACUGAGAAAGAGCUGCUGGUACUCGACAUCGGCUGUGGAAAGGGAGGCGAUCUGGGCAAAUGGCAGCAAGCGCCGCAACCAGUGGAGCUCUACGUCGGCCUGGAUCCCGCGGAUAUUAGUAUCGACCAGGCUCGGGAGCGCUAUCGCCAGAUGGGUAGUCGCGGAGGGGGUGGUAGGGGCGGCAGAGGUGGAUACAGACGACCGCCUCCGCGACUUUUUGAGGCACGUUUCCACGUCAAGGACUGCUACGGCGAAAACAUCGAGGACAUUGAAAUCAUCAGACGGGUCGGAUUCGACACCAACCCCCUUAGCCGGCAAGGAUUUGACGUUGUAAGCAUGAUGUUCUGCAUGCACUACGCGUUCGAGACAGAGCAGAAGGCCCGUACCAUGCUGCGUAACGUUGCCGGUUCACUGAAGAAGGGAGGGCGCUUGAUUGGAUGUAUUCCCAACUCCGACGUUCUGGGCGAGCACGUCCGAAAGUUCAACGAGCAACAGGAAGAGAAGAAAAAGAAGGCUGCCGAGGAGCCGCCUCAGGAGGCAGAAGAGGGAGAACUGGAGGAUGGUGAAGCGGAGCAGUCGGCGGAGUGGGGCAACUCCAUCUAUCGAGUCCGAUUCCCGGGCAAGACACCAGCUGAUGGCGUCUUCCGGCCCGCAUUCGGCUGGAAGUACAACUUCUUCCUUGAUGAAGCCGUGGAGGAGGUGCCUGAGUACGUCGUCCCAUGGGAAGUACUCAGAGCCCUGGCCGAAGACUACAAUCUCGAGCUGCAGUACCACAAGACGUUUAUGGAGAUUUGGGAGUCGGAAAAGGACGAUGAAACACUUGGUCCUCUGAGUGAGAGAAUGGGCGUUCGAGAGCGGGGUGGUGGACGCCUACUCGUCUCACCAGAGGAGUUGGAAGCGGCAAGCUUCUACACCGCUUUCUGUUUUUACAAGGUGUAAGCUUGGGGAAAGCAUGUAAUGAUAGGACGGCUCGCGGUACCUCAAAGGAACCAAGGCGAACAUUUGAGGUUAGAUUUAUCGUUUAGACUCACAGACCGGUCUGAAUGCAUAUCCAACAGUGCAAGUGAUCAACAUCUACCGACUUUAUGUGUUUGGGUUACCAAAAGGUG